AGACAAAAGCUUGCUACCUGAAACUAGCAGGACCCUCACUAGUGCAGAUGUUCAUUGGUGACAGUGCCAAGCUAGUGCACAACACCUUUGAGUUGGCAAAGGAAAAGGCACCUGCUAUCAUAUUUAUUGACGGACCCGAUGCCACUGCUACCAAGCGGUUCAAUUCCAAGAAAAGUGGUGAGUGUGAAAUACAAUGAAUGAUGUUGGAGCU